AUUUCAUUAUAGGGAGAUUAGGAUGAAUACAUUAAAGAAGUUUUCUUCAGCUACCACUGUUACUAUUAUUAGAGAAUAAAAGAUUAGAGUUCUGUGAAUUCUAUCAAGAAGGAGCGAUGUUACAAGACAUGAUUCAUCCACCCGAACAACAGCUUUCCAUCGAGGAUAUCUCCAGCCCGAUUAGCUCUCAAAUGUUUGAAUUUUCUGAACAAGAAUUAUUCCCAGAAACCCUACAAAACUCUGAGGUCUCUUCCUGCUCAAACUGCUGCUAUGAAGAUAGUUCUUACACCAAUUUCUCCUCUUCAUUCUCUUCCUUCCCAAUAGAAGUAGGAAAGUAUAACAUCAACAGCAUCAAUUCCACCAAUAGCACCUCUACCAUCAGCCCUGCCACUCCCACUCCCAACAACCUCUCAAUCAUCUUCGACUCUCAAGAUGAGAACGACAAUGACAUCUCUGCUUCCAUAAGCUUCUCACCACCAUCAACAACAUUUCUGGGACCUCCACUACUUGGGAAUCAACCAGACCAGCAGUUUGAUCUCUCUGCGUUGCAAGUGCAGAUCCCAUUAACUGAUGUUGCCAAUGGGUUCUCGGCAUACUCUCCUGACCCAUCCGUCCCUGUUACGGGACCUCCAUUACCAGCUAUUUUUGAAGAUGAUGGCCUGUCAUUACCUUUAGUGCACUUGGACCCAUCAUCUCCUUGUUCAAUACUUGAUCCCACCAUGGGAUCCUUCCUGCCGGGGAAUCUGAGUACAGCCAUUUCUUCUGAUGCCUCUGGGUUAUUUGGAGGAAGUAUUCUGAUGGGUUCUGACCUUCAUCCACAAGAACUGGACUUCCCUGGAGACAGUUGUGACCUUUAUGCUUCAAAUUCAUUGCAACGGGUUUACAGCUCUGGAGAUGUGCAGGUACUGUCACCAGAACUAAUAUAUACCAACUUUUUUUAA